AGUUGCACAGUCUCUGAGAGUCGGCGUGAUGUCUCGGCACGUCCAUCGGUUCGAGAGGGACUACCGCGGCAGCUGGGAACGCAGGGAGCGCCCUCCUCUGCACCUGCACAACGGCACCUGCACUCCUGUCACCGCACCCAUCGCCAAUGGCAACAACCGCCCGGGGCUCCUCCCCCUGCCCGUCAUCCCCUCCCUGCUGCCCACGCCCGUCACCAUCGCUGUGACGAUGGCCAGCGCCUGUGACCUGUCGGGAAAACGCGCUGGUGCCCCCGUGUCUACGGGACCUCCUGCAGUGAAGGCAGCAGGUCUCUCUCCUGGGGACUCUCAGACCCCCGGCCUCCUCCUGGCGCCGGGGGUGCGGUGGGGUCAGACGCCCAUCAACCAGUCCACGCCGUGGGAGACUGAUGAGCCACCGGUCAAACAGCACAGAGAGGCCGAGCCCACAGGCCUCACAUGA